UGUACGUGCAUAGUUUAAAAAUUCAAUUUUAAAUUUAAACUGUUUUCAACGUAACUCUAGUAUUGCAACCACAAUUUUAUAGAUAGCGCGAGAAGGCAGCUUGUGAACAGUCGUGGCUCGCCACCUAAUUUAAUUUUGUAACAGCACAGUCGGCUAUUUUUAACUCUGCAGACGAAUGUAGCCCCAUCUCGUUCACGAUCGUCACUGUCUCCUAAAGUAAACGGCAGGCAAGAUCCUCUCGGUUCCAACCAACGGUAUGAACUAUAGACGUUGGAAAGUCCAAACAUAAGAAACAAAAACUGUUCGAGUCGCCUUUGACUUCAACUGAAAGGAUGGAUGCGGAAAACGCAGAAGACGGGGGGCAGCAGGUCGAGGUGGAAGAUCCGGAGGCCGCAGAGGCCCGCCGACAGGUUCGCCAGGUGGAGAAGCGACACGUGUCUGUGCACUUUGACUGUAAGUGCACCGAUGAGGACAUCGCUCGCAUGGCCCGCGAGAUGCGCGAGGACCCUAACCUGCUGGACGGGUACGGGGGUCAGUCGUGCCCGCCGUUGCUGCACGCAGUCAUCAAGGAGCACCCCAGGUGCGUCGAAUUCCUUCUUGAGUGCGGAGCCGAGGCAAACCAAGAGUACGAGGCAUUGGGAGAAACAGCUCUUUCUUGUGCCGUCACCCGCUCAACUCCAGAUAUAGCGCGGUUGCUGUUGGCGAGGGAUGCAACUGGAAUUAAUGCCAGAAGCUCGCUCACCAAAGAAACGCCGUUGGUCAAGGCUGUGAAGCAUGGGAAUGCGCAGACUGUCAGACUGCUUCUUGAAAACGGUGCUAGGCCUAAUGCUGGAACCAUGAGAAAUGAGGAAAAUGUGUCAUGUGUCUUCCUGGCCAUUGAAUUGGGCUACGAGUCAAUCGUGACUGACCUUCUAGCCUUUGGAGCAACUCUCACCGGUCAUGCCCAUUUCGACAAGCACAACAUGCUCUACAAACACAUGCAAUUCGCGAUUGCAGAAGGGCAGCUGGAGUCUGUUAAGUCUCUUUGCCUUUACGGUGCGCUCAAAGAACUUGCCAAACUCACACUCUACCCUAAUUUGAGCACUUCCAUUCAUUGCAAUUUCACUCUUCUUGGAAUCAUAUUUCGAAGUGACAAUGCUCUUGAAGUAAAUGUGAGAUUAAUAAACAUCCUGUACGAAUUUGGUUUCAACUUUUGGAAGGUGGACAAACACGACAAAAAUGCAUGGAAGAAGAUGGAGAAGCUUCAGGAAAAUGAUUUCGCUAAAUUGCUGAUAUUUAGAGUACGUCGCUUACGAUCACGACCCAUGAGUUUAAAACAACUGAGUCGCAUUUAUCUUUUGAAUUACUUUGAACACAAUUAUACCAGGUCGAUUCCGAAAAUGUUGAUUCCAAAUGAACUUAAAAUCUAUCUGAACUUUAAAGAUGUGUACUGAUUUUUUACGUUUUAAUAAAUAAUUAUUUUUCACUGUUUAGAA